CGCCGCCUUCACCAUUUCACCGGCUCUUUCAGGUGCUUCCAUCCCACUCGGCGGCAGCGUCGUGACGACGGGACCGAUUCCCACGAGGCAGGUUUACGGCGACCCCGUCGACCCGCCGCGGCAAGACACCACGGAGCGGACGCGGCGCCGCACCGCACCGCACCGCACCGGGAGGCGGGAUGACGCCGUGAAGGAGCCGCCUGCACCGGCGGCAUGCGCGGUGUUUUCGCAAAGGCGCUUUGUGCGUCGUUAAUCCGCUCUGAUGUCACGACGCAGAAGGAGGGGCCGCUGAGCGCACCGCUCUAAUCCCGAGUCAAGUUGUCUGGAGGGUCGAGCCGAGCCAAACCGAGCCGAGCCAAAGCGAGCAAGGCACGAAAUACUAUCGGCGCGAUGUGCGCUGCAGCAGCAGCAGCAGCAGCAGCCGCCGCCGGACGCGGGCCUCUCCUCCCCUGACGCGCAGGCUAUGCUAUGAGCGGGGUUUUCUUGGAGACAAGAGGAGCAUGUUCUGAAGCUUGGAGUCGGACCACACCCCAGCCAUGAGCCACAGGUAUCAGGGAGAGCCAUGCAGGGAAGCGGGCGAGGAGCACAAAGGGCCUCCUAGGAGCAGGCAGACCAACGGGACGUCACCCGGGGAACCUCCUGUACGCCGGUCCUGGAGGCCGUGUCAGAUGGUCAAUCAGGAUGGAGAACUCGAUCCCCAUCACCACCAUCAACACCAUCAUCAGCCUUCUCACAGACACCACGCGCCCCCGAGUCACGGACCCCCUCGGCAUCGCAGGCGGUCCUCAUCAGGGCAGAGCCCCGGCCUGGUGGCUGCUUCCAGCCCCGAUGGCGGCGACAGUCGAGACGCCGAGGCUCAUCCUGUCCCGCAACCCCGCACUGCCGUCACCCGUUACCGCCGCCAUGGCGACCCUAACCCCAGGCCCAGAGGUCACAGACAAAGGCAGCCCGUCAGAGCGAUGCAAGACUCUUCACCUGGUGUGGAUGAGCAGGCGGCAACGCAACGCACCCCUGAUAAUUCUGUAACCGACCAAUUGCAGGACGAGGGAUCCCCUCGCCAGAGUCCUGCUGCAGUCGUCACCCCUACAGAGCUCUCCCCCGGUCCUGCAACUAAUAAAAUGCCACUUCACCCGCAACAUGCUCCUACAGCUUCGGCAGAAGAGGACCUCCAGGAGCUUAAAGUGGAGUGUGAAGUGGAAUUGGAGGCAGUUGAGGAGAGGCAUGAAGAUCGAGAACGGACUGAGGAGGACGGAGACCACUGCUCAACCGCAGGUCACUCCAGCUGCAGCCACAAUGACCUGCAGGCAGGCGAUGACAAAGCAGAGGAACAUGCAGAGAAGGACGAGGAGGUUCCGGAAGGAGUGUUGGACGACGUAGCGGAGGAUGUUGCAGCUCAGGGAAGUGAAUUCACAGAUCUCUGUUCCGACACAGAGAGCGCUGCUUCGCUCAGUUUGGACGGACCUCUCCACAGCCCGCCGCCACUGCACUCACCAACCCCUCCUUCGUCCCCGGAUGUUCCACCUUUCCCUCAGCUCGACCACCUCAGCGAGGACACCAGUUUGAGUCCUCUACCCGACAAUGACCUGCUACCGGAAGAUGAGGACGAGGAUGAAGAUGAGGAUUGCUCCGAGUCGUUCACUUCCUGCGCCGACUCUUAUCCUAAAACCUAUGCAGACUUUUAUACAGAGUCCCACCAAAAGUCGUACCCAGAGCCCGUCUACGAGUCGUACUCUGAACCAAAAUGCCAUCCCAACUCUUUCCCUGAGCCCCUUAAGACCUCGUACCCCGAGUUACACAGAGAACCUCGCAGGCCAGCUGGCUGGAGGAUGGAGUCCAACGAUGUCCAGCAGGAGCCUUUUAGGAGCCACGGCCAGGAGGAUGUGCAACAAGGGGCUCCAUCCACCAAGGGCCCCCAUUGCGCCCCUAGGCAGGGCAGGGGCCGAGGCCCACACCACUCCCCUCUCAACCGCUCCGUUGGCUGCCGGCUGCACCACUACGACGGCCAGUCUGACGGCGAGGGGGAAAGUCCCGCCCCCAGGAGUCGCGGUCAGCUGCCCAGGCGAGCAGAAGCUCCGGCCAAGAGCCCCUCGUCUGGACAGACGGGCUCAGGAGAGGCCCCGGAGGAGCGCAACGUGGAGGGGCUUCAGGGGGAAAAGGGUACGAGGGGCUCGGGGGACGCCAUCGUCCUGGCGAUCAAAGACAUCAAGGAGGCGAUUGAGGAGGUAAAGAUAAAGGCCGUGCGCUCCCCCUACACACCGGACAAGCCCGCGGAGCCGAUUUGGGUGAUGAGGCAGGAGGCGAGCCCCGUGGAGGAGGUGUGUCCACUGCAGCCUACAGCUGCUCAUUCUUCUCCUCACUCCCCGGCUCAGUCGGUGUCCGAGUCUCCCCCCCGCUAUGCAUCACUUCCAGUUCGGGGGCCGGUCAGUCCGCUGCGAACCGAGUCACUCGGAGCGCAUCAUCCUCAGCAUUUCCACCAACCGCAGCCCCAACUCAACCAUCACCACCACCAGGGCCACCAUUCACAGCAGAGGGACCCGGCGAGGCCGGCGCACACAUAUGCCGCACCGCAACCCCUACCCCUUAAUCAGCAUCAGCAACGUCAACACCAGAAUCAACAUCAACAGCUGCUAGCUCAGCGGGCGCGACCGCAAGGCCAGCCGCAGUCUCCUCCGCAGCAGCCGACUCUCCAAGAACUUCGCAGAUCUCUUCCUCCAUUUCCAACAUUUGUUGACGUCCCGGGACCAUGCGACCCAGAGGACCUCAUUGACGGCAUCAUCUUUGCAGCGACCUACCUGGGCUGCACCCACCUGCUGUCAGAAAGGACGCCCUCAAAGAGCGCCCGCAUGCAGCAGGCGCAGGAGGCUAUGAGCAGAGUCCGGGCCGCCCAGAAGCAGGCGAAGAACAGGAAAAGGAGCCCCGACAGCGAGGCUCCGGCCACCGCCGAGGUCGAUCUGUUUAUGUCCACGCAGAGGAUCAAAGUCCUCAAUGCAGACACUCAGGAGUCCUUGAUGGACCUGCCACUGAGGACGAUCUCCUACAUCGCGGACAUCGGUAACAUGGUGGUGCUGAUGGCCCGGGGGAAGAUGGUGCGCUCCCGCAGCGCACAGGACAACUUGGACCACGCAGCGGAGCAAACCACCAUGACGCACGACGACAGGCGGCUGUACAGGAUGAUCUGCCAUGUCUUCGAGUCCGAGGAUGCUCAGCUCAUAGCUCAGUCCAUCGGCCAGUCCUUCAGCGUCGCCUACCAGGAGUUCCUCAGGGCCAACGGCAUCGACCCCGAAGACCUGAGCCAGAGGGAGUACAGCGACCUGCUCAACACUCAGGACAUGUACAACGACGACCUCAUCCACUUCUCCAAGUCGGAGAACUGCAAGGAUGUUUACAUUGAGAAGCAGAAAGGAGAGAUUCUGGGUGUGGUGAUAGUCGAGUCGGGCUGGGGGUCCAUCCUCCCCACCGUCAUCAUUGCCAGCAUGAUGCAUGCUGGGCCGGCGGAGAAGUCCAGUCGACUCCACAUUGGAGACCAGAUCAUGACCAUCAAUGGGACGAGUCUGGUGGGUCUACCGCUCAGCACCUGCCAGAGCAUCAUCAAGGGUCUGAAGUCUCAGUCCAGGAUCAAGAUGAACAUAGUCAGGUGUCCUCCUGUCACCAUGGUGCUCAUCCGCAGGCCGGACCUCAGAUACCAGCUGGGCUUCAGCGUCCAGAACGGCAUCAUCUGCAGCCUGAUGAGGGGGGGCAUCGCGGAGAGGGGAGGAGUCCGCGUCGGUCACCGCAUCAUCGAGAUCAACAGCCAGAGCGUGGUGGCGACGCCCCACGAGAAGAUCGUCCAGAUCCUGUCCAACGCCAUGGGAGAGAUCCACAUGAAGACGAUGCCGGCAGCCAUGUACCGUCUGCUCACCGCCCAGGAGCAGCCGGUCUACAUCUGAACCAACACGUCCCCUCACGCGUCCCGCUUUCAGUUGUUUGAUUGUUGUUUGUUUUCACUUGACUUGCCUUAAUCUGUACAGUACACUGUCAUGGAAAUCUACAGUGUGGCAGCAGAACAGAUUAUCUCACCUGGCCGAGUGUUAAUGUGACGUGUUAUGUUUGACCAAAGAGAAGUAGUGGAUCUUAUUGUGUGUAAUUUAAGUUUCAAGCAGAGUAAAUAAUACCUUUUCGGUUUAAUAGCUGUACUAUCUGAAUGUACUCAUGUCGGACCUAUAAAUAAUCAGGGCAACCCAGAUACAUUUUAAACGGAAGUAUUCAAGUUAGAAAGGGGAAUGCAUGUACAAUAAACUAAUGAAACGAU